UAUAUAGCCACGCGGGGCUCCCCGGCGCACGCGCCCUGGCUCUCCUGGAGGCUCAUUGGCUACACCGGGCAACCUCGGCUGGGCGGCGUCGCGCGGCGUCACGCAGAGAGAACGGACCCCCACGCCGCUGAAGAACGCCGGAGGCGGAAAGUUAUUGGGGAAAUCGAACGCACUUGGUGGCUUUCUCUCUCUUACACCCAAACACCUUCAUUCACCGAAGGCGCACGUUGCAUUCGAGGAACUGCCAAUUCCUAAUCAACUGAAAUGGUGGCGUGGGCUUGAGAGUGGGAACAGGGCCUGCGUGGGAGCUGCUGCUGCUGUUAGUCGCUGGCCUUCCAGGCCCUUGGUUCUUAGUGCUCUCGCAGAAACCCCGCCAAGAUGUUCAAAAAAUUUGAUGAAAAGGAGAAUGUGUCCAACUGCAUCCAGCUAAAAACGUCUGUUAUUAAAGGCAUUAAGAACCAGCUGAUAGACCAGUUUCCUGGGAUCGAACCAUGGCUAAACCAAAUUAUGCCAAAGAAAGACCCUGUGAAGAUAGUGCGUUGCCAUGAACAUAUAGAAAUCCUCACAGUAAAUGGAGAAUUGUUGUUCUUCAGGCAAAGGGAAGGACCAUUUUAUCCCACGCUCAGAUUACUUCAUAAAUAUCCGUUCAUCCUACCACAUCAACAAGUUGAUAAAGGAGCCAUUAAAUUUGUACUUAGUGGAGCAAAUAUCAUGUGCCCUGGUCUGACGUCUCCAGGAGCUAAACUUUAUCCUGCUGCUGCUGAUACAAUCGUGGCAAUAGUGGCCGAAGGAAAGCAACAUGCCCUGUGUGUUGGAGUCAUGAAGAUGUCGGCAGAGGAUAUUGAGAAGGUCAACAAAGGAAUUGGCAUUGAGAAUAUCCACUAUUUGAAUGAUGGUCUCUGGCAUAUGAAGACGUAUAAGUGAAGAAGCAGGAAGAAUCCAUUGCCUCUCAGCUGGCCCUGUUUUUAAUUCUUCUUUUAAAAAGUGUGGCUAAAUGUAAACUUUGUGGUGAUGCUAAAUAAAUCAAAUGAAUGCUGGGGGAAAAACAAGUAGAAA